CGGCACAGCAUAGAGCAGCAUAAGUGGGUUUGGCAGGAUUAAUUGUGUCCGCGUCACGCGUAAGCUGAGGUCUCACUGUGCUUAUGAGUCAUGACUUAAGGGGCCCGAACGAGUAUUUUUCGUUCAUUCGUGUGAAAACCUUCGUGCAGUAAAGAGCUCAGGAACUUACAUUUACUUCGAUUGUGCUUAGGAGAGAAGAUAUUUGCUUCUUGUGGUAUUUUGAUAAUAUUUUACGCCAGGAGAGGAACUGUGAAGCAUCUUCGCCAUAUAGUUUUGGAUGUGUCAAUUUGUUAAAUUAUCGUCUUAAGCUCCGAAAGUGUGUGUGUGGGGCUUUUUUUCUUGUGGAUAGAGAGGAAAGAGCGCGCUUGACACGCCAAAUACGCAAAACAAGUAACCAAGGAUUUUUGCCGUUUUUCCAACCACGUAUAAGUAAUAAACGAAGUGACCUUACAAGCUUACAUGAGAUUAUGGUGGAUUUAAUUAGGAAAAGAGUGUGUCGACGGCAAUAAGUGUGGCUGAGAAGCAUUGCGAAGCGCAGUGAAAUAGUGUUGCAAUUACGUGAUAUUGUGUGGCUGUCAGUGUGACGUCUGCACCAUCGCGCCUCCCCCGAGUCUGUGCUAUAUACAUAAGUAGUUUGCGAGCGCAAAGCCAUCUGCAAUUGGCUGGCGGGGCAGAGAGACUGAGUGAGAACACCUGUAACUAUGAAAAUGCGAGACAAUCCCAACAACAUGGAGUCAUUCUACGAGGAAAAUGCCCAGUUCACCACGACUCCGGCCACAACGACGGGCGGCAGUCUGAAGCGGCCGUUCACGCUGGACCUGAACGGGAGCAAGGAUCAGCCGAAGCGGCAGCGCUUCAACCAGUCUGUGAAUACCACAUCUGUGAUCAGCAGUCCAGAUCUGCAAAUGCUCAAGAUGGCCUCGCCAGAACUGGAGAAAUUCAUUAUGAGCAAUAACACACUCCAAACGCCCACACCCAGCUUGGUAUUCCCGCAAAAGGUCACCUUGGAGCAGGCCAUGUAUGCCAAAGGUUUCGAGGAGGCCCUCAUAUCGCUCCACAACAGCGACAAGACCCAAAAUCUCACCGUAACCAAUACAACCGCCGCCACAACGACGACCAACAACAAUAACAUCAUUAGCAGUAACAACAACACGAUAAAUUCCUCAUCCCUGGCCAUGAGCGGCGGAACCGUAGUUACCUACACGAAUAUGGAUGAUCCCAUGAUCGUGCCCAUCAAGGAUGAACCGCAGACCGUGCCGAACUCGCCCACGCUCAGUCCGAUCGACAUGGAGUCGCAGGAGAGGAUAAAGCUGGAGCGGAAGCGCCAGAGGAACCGAGUGGCGGCGUCCAAGUGCCGGAAGCGGAAGCUGGAGAGGAUAUCGAAGCUGGAGGACAAGGUGAAGUGUCUGAAGGGGGAGAACUCCGAGCUCACGGGCGUGGUGUACAAUCUGAAGGAGCACGUGAUGCAGCUGAAGCAGCAGGUCAUGGAGCACAUGAACGCCGGCUGCCAGAUCCAAAUCCAGCAAUUCUAAGAUGGCCUCCCUGUCUAAUUCGUAGAUCCUAAGUGUAAUUUCUAGCAUAACUGUUGCUUUAAUUAUUGAAUAAUUUUCAUAGGUGACAAAUUAACAUGAUUUACGAAUACUUUUUUUUCCAUGUUAAGUGAUUUUUCUACCAUUAAUUUUAGUUAUUUAUUUACACAGUGUAAAUUUUGUAAGGAAUUUUAAGUGGCAUUCCUGAUAAUCAGGACAAGUUUAAUUUGUAGUCCGGAUACCCAAUUGUAGUGCACACACGAGUAGUCUCUUCAAUAUUUGACAAUUCUUUCUUAAAUAUUAGAUUUAAAUGUUAUCUCAUUUUAUUGUGCUACCGUUUGUCGACGUUCUUCUGUGCGCGCGUGGAGAUAAAUUUCUAGUCUCGCUAGAACAUUUCAAUCAAAAGAGAGAAUAAAUGUGAAUUUUGCGUAAGUUUUUAAGCGGAACAAAGAUGCCAUUACAUAAUUGUUGCUAAGUGCUUUUGUAAGUUUUGUCGCGUAAGUUGUCUUUUUUAUAAUAUUACAAUAUUUGAAGAGAUAAAAAAUAUUUGAAAGACCCUUGAGAUAAUAAAGUAAGAAAGAGAAAAAUUAUAUUUAUACAGAAAUAUAUACAGAUGAGAAUAUUAAAAAGUAAGAGAAUAAAAGAUUAAAAAAUUA